UAAUGGCUAAAUUGUUCUCCCGGACAUUCUCUGCUUCUCCUGAGGAUGCAAAGAUUGACCAUGAAAUCUCAGAGAAAAUAUGCUUGCUCCAAACCUUUCUGAAGCCUGAACAUUUGGAUAUACCAGCAAUUCUUCAUAAUGAAGCUUCAUGGCUGCUUGCAGAGAAAGAAUUGCAGAAAAUCAAUGGUUUCAAAGCUCCCCAUGACAAACUCUUGAGCAUUAUGAAUUGCUGCAGGGUCAUCAACAAUCUAUUGCUCAACACUGCAAUAUCCGAGCAUGUGCCAGCUGGGGCUGAUGACUUUCUCCCUGUGCUCAUAUAAGUCACCAU